AUGGAGUCUGCUGGAUUUUCACGAUCUAAUCCAUAUUAUAUCGUCAAACAAGGAAAAAUAAACGAAUUGGCUACCGCUCCGGAUUCUCACAGGUUGAAAUUGCUACGCGAGGUCGCCGGCACUCGAGUGUAUGAUGAGCGAAAGGAAGAGAGUCUUAAAAUUCUGAAGGAGACAAAUAACAAAACAACAAAAAUCGAGACGCUGUUGUCGUAUAUCGAUGAACGCUUGAAAACACUAGAAGAAGAAAAGGAAGACUUGAAGGAGUAUCAGAAAUGGGAUAAAAUGAAGAGAUCGAUUGAAUACACAAUCUAUGAUACCGAAGCUAACGAGACAAGAAAAAAGUUGGAAAGGUUACUUGACCAAAGAGAGGAGCUCAGUACUCGUCAAACUAAGGUCAGUAGCGAGCUGGUAGAAGUUCAAGCUCGAGGUGUCAAGGCUGGAGCGGAACAACGAAAAUUGGAGUCUCGUUUCAAAGGAAUGAAGGAGGAGAAGGAAGCACUCGUUGUUGAGCAAGCGCAGCGCUUUGAGAAGAAGGCAGAGUUGGAGUUGCUGAUAAACGAUCUGAAAGAGGACGUUGAGAAGGAAAAGAGUGGUCGUAAUAAGGCGGAAGAUGUGCUCAAUCAAGUUAAAGUCGAAAUCCGAGAAAAGGAAUCACUGGAGGGCGAAUACCUAAAUACCAGGUAUGAACUCGUUGAGAAAGAGGCAGCUUUGUCCUCCGAUAUCCGUAUCGCGGAAAUGAAAUCGAAAGAGUUGUUCGCGAAGCAGGGUCAUAAAGACCAGUUCAAGUCUGCGGAGGAGCGUGACACCUUCCUCCGUCGGGAAGUACGGCACAUGACUCGUCAGAUUGACGACACUGAAGAGCAAAUGAAAGAUAUCGAGAAAAGCUUGGAAGAAGAGACGCAUGAGGAAGAACAGUUGACAACCCAUGUCCAGGAACUUGGCGUAGAGCUCCACGAGAAUCUUAUUCGAAUGGAUAAAGCCAGCUCUGAACACGGUCGUCUGAAACAAGAGUUCGACAAAGCUAUGGUUGCUCAAUUGUGA